UAGGAGGCUUUUGACCACUGACCACCCGCACGUGUUCUAAAAUAAAAUCCACUAGAUUCUCACUAGUCAAAUUACCUCCACGUAUAAAUUAUCGACUACUAUCAAACACAUGUACAUGCAAACAAAUAUAACUCACUUAUGGAACACAGAGCUUCUAACACGAAUCAGGUGAAAUACAGAGGUGUACGGAAGCGUCCAUGGGGGAAAUAUGCUGCGGAGAUACGUGACUCGGCUAACCACGGUGCUCGUGUCUGGCUUGGGACGUUUAACACAGCGGAAGACGCGGCUCGGGCCUACGAUAGAUCCGCUUUUUCUAUGAGAGGCCACAAGGCCAUUCUCAAUUUCCCUCAUGAGUACCCAAUGAUGAGGGAUGGUCCAAGUGGUGAUGGCGAGAAUGCGGGGGCUUCUUUGUCGUCAGAGUUUAGUGAAAGAGACGGUGGUGGCGGGAAGGAAGUGAUUGAGUUUGAGUAUUUAGACGAUAGUUUGUUGGACGAGCUUCUAGAGUGUGGAGAGAGUUAUAACCAAGACGUUUGGUAUAACGCAACUGUUAAUUAGAUCAAUUUGUCACUUCUUUUGUUUUUUUUUUUUUUGGUAAAAUCACUUAUUUUGUUUUCUUCUUGCGAAUGUUUUAAUACUAUAUUCACUUACGCACAUUAAUAUCCGAAUAAGUAGCAGUUUUAUCACCUGUUUGGACUUUGGAUAAUAUAUAUUUUAUACGUUGGGAUGGUGAAUAUUAAUCAUGUUUUAUGUUUUUGUCAUUAAUAAAGGAAAAUUUACUGUCAGAUAAUUUUCCCCGUAAAUUUUAAAUACUAUUUGUCAAAUUUUGUUUGCUUUUUAUUCAUCUAUAAUAUGAUUUUGUUUUACUGCCGACUUAAAUAAAAUUUGGCCCACUUUACUAGGUGGAUCAUUGUGUAUUCUUUGUUAAUUGUUAAUUGUUAAUUGGUUUAAUUUAAGCGACUACAUAAUCUCGAUUCACGACAGUAAUACAAACUACAAUAUUACUAUUGUGUAAAUUAAAUCGAGAUGAUAAUAUGUAGUUACUAUCACUAUCAGUAAUUCAUGAUAGUGAAUUGAACUUAUAUAUAUUUUUUUUUUUCAAAAAUCGAUAUUCUAAAUAUUUAAAACAGUAUCGGAAUGCUGAUUUGACAAAACUACAAAAAUAUAUCAAUUCAUAAUUUUUCAAAUCAAGAAGCAACUUUGAAUAUUAACCUUCCUUUUCAGUCGAAUUUCUUCCUUGAUGAAUGAUGACGUUGUCACGUUAAACUUAUUUUGUUUGUGAACUAGAUUCUCAUACACAUGGUCCAUGCUGUAUUGUUGUACUAUCUAUCUAUUUCUGGACCUUCAUUAGAUCACUCACUCAUCCAUUGAC